AUGGAAUCCACUUCGCAGCCUUAUACAAUUCUUCGAAUCAAGCGCAAGAGGAAUGAAGAGCCCCUCGAUGCACUUGUGGUCGAGUCUGCUACUCCUCGAAAGAAGUCACGAGGGGGCAUGGGCAUGUUUCAGUUUGCGCAAACCGUUGAAGCGGAGGCAUGGGAGGAUGAAGCACGGAGGAAGGCCCUGCAGGAAGAAAUACAACGACUGGCGAGAGAGAAUGCCUCCAAGACAUAUGAGGCGCCCCAGACGCUACCUUCUUCACCUCCUCGACCUCCCGUAACCGAAACUCGAAGGUACACCAUCGUAAACGCCCAAGAGCAAGAACCGGAACGCGGCCGAUUGCCCACCAGCCCACCUGUCGUCGUUUCUUCCAAGAACGUUCCUUCCAAAAGCCCAGAGAUCAAGCUGUACGAUGCGGUUGUAUCCAAUGAUGUGCCGGACGCCGAUCCAGAGAUGGAGAAGUUCCUCCCCAUGAUUCGCGAUUACCUCACCCUUCAUGACAUACCCAUGGACGCCGAUACGCGGAAUACUAGUGCCCCUCAGGAAUCGGACGAUUAUGUGUGGGAUGUGUUCUACCAUCGGCCAGCUUCGCUCAGCGAGUGGAAUCAUGUGGCAGCCAAUGUUGGAACAUUAACUGGUCUUCCUCCAUCUCUCAAUGACCCCUUCGAUUCUGAUGAUUCUGAUGAAGUCCCUGACGAGGCUGACGAAGACUCAAACGCGGAAGAGUACUUUACGAACGACUAUCCGGAUGAAGAGGAGUCUACGGACGAUGAUGGUGGCAGUGAUGCCUUCCACGAGUCGUCCGACCAUGAAUUGCUGCGACCCGAUCUCUGCAAAGGUCCCAACGCCACACACCCCUUCCUUACGAUUGGUAUUACAGAUGCUUUCCUCCGACUACCUAGAAGCGGCAUCGCUGAGUAUGAUAAAUUCUUCGCCUACUUCUCGUGCCAAACUCAUCAGCAUGACUUCCCCGUCGAAGCCAUUCUCUUCUACGACUUUUUCUUGACGCUGGGCAUCCUCGUCUUCAGGACCGCGGCCCUCUACAAUAAUGAUCGUCGCGUUAAAUAUGGAUUGGGCUUCUUGAUAUUUCUCAUGGCCGCCAACGGUGUUGUCCAGUGGUGUAUCUACGGCUUUGGAGUCUCCCAAGUGAAUCAAGAUGUCGUAGAGAAUGGUCCUAUGAAGCGGGAUUGCUUUCUUCCAUUUGGAGAUAAUCAAGGCAUUGAAUUUGCCUGUGAUUGGACAUUGCUACUGGUAUUGGAUACCACAGUAUUUUUUCUAACGAUCAGAAAAACGCUCCCAAUGGUGAUGAAUGAGCCCUCUGGAAGGUCUAACCUGUGGGCAGCGCUGCUACGAGAUGGUUCAUUUCCACGAUAUGAUCGCCGUGUGGCUAGACUUCUGUCCACUUCAAACAUGGCCAACAUACUCGUGAUGUUGCUGUCCCCUCCAUAUCUGAAGACUCUAUUCCCCAUCUUUGUCAACACCCUAUCUAGUGCCUUAAUAUCGCGCCCCGUGUUGAAUCUUCGGGACCCAUGUCUUCGCAACUCAAAUAAAACACCAAAUGCCGUCACCCCGCCGCUGCAUGUCGAACGACCGACUGCAAACAACGACGACGACUUAGAGCGAGGAACACCCAGAAACCCAACAGCCCAAGAAGUCGCGAACGCAAUUAGGACAUUCCGAGCCAGUGGGCACGGCUCAAGUCCAUCCCAGUUUCCAUAA